GUGCAUGUAGAGAGAGGCGGGGGGACUGCUUUACCGCAGUAUCACUGGAUUUCUGCACCACUCAUCAAAACUCUGCGGCAUGCAGACAAGAGCUGGGGGGGAGGGUUACAGUUACUAGGUCUGUGCUGGGUGUAGGAUCGCUACCUCUUACUGUCACCAUCCAUCCUGCAGUUAUUAGAUAGGCUACAGUGGUGUUCAAACUUUAAUUUCUCUUCAUUUGUCCGUCUGUUAACCUUUAACUGGCUCUCCUCUCACCGUAGCCACAAAGGUACAGCAGGUCUCUCUCUCUCUCUCUCUCUCUCUCUCUCUCUCUCUGUAAUUGUUUCAACCCGGCGUGUGUUGCUUUCGGGCGCGUUCAUUAGAGGCUUGGGCUCCAAACUUGUAUGACAAAAUGGCAAAGGAUGGAGAAAAAGGCGAGUGGAGGGAAUUUAUAUGGAACCCGAGGACGAGGGAGUUUCUGGGUAGGACGGCGAGCAGCUGGGGUCUUAUUCUUCUCUUCUAUGUAGUUUUCUACAUCUUCCUGGCAGGCCUGUUUGCACUCACCAUGUAUGUCAUGCUGCAGACCUUGGAUGAGCACAAACCAACCUGGCAGGACCGGCUCUCCACACCCGGCAUGGUGAUUAGACCCAAAGCAGAUGAGACCUUUGAGAUUGUCUAUAACACUCAGAACACUGAGAGCUGGGACAUGUACGCUCAGGCCCUGGACAAGUUCCUGGGACCCUACAACGACUCCGUACAGGCCCAGAAAAAUGAUGAGUGCACCCCAGACCAGUACUUCCUGCAGGCGGACAGCGGGGAGGUGAAGAACAAUCCGAAGCGCUCCUGUCAGUUCAACCGCACCUUUCUGCAAGAUUGCUCUGGCAUCCGUGACCGUUACUAUGGAUACCAAGAGGGCAAGCCAUGCAUCAUCAUCAAGCUGAAUCGGGUGAUUGGGAUGCUGCCAGGAAAGGAUGGACAGGCUCCGUAUGUCACCUGUGGCGCAAAGAAAGAAGACUCUGACAAAAUUGGAGAUUUGCAGUACUUCCCUCCAAAUGGCACUUUCAACCUUAUGUACUACCCUUACUAUGGCAAGAAAGCUCAGGUGAACUACUCUCAGCCUUUGGUUGCUGUCAAGUUUCUUAACAUUACUGCCAAUGAGGAUGUCAACGUCGAGUGCAAGAUCAACGCCAACAACAUUCCCAUUGGAAGUGAUAGAGACAAGUUUGCUGGACGAGUGUCUUUCAAGCUGAGGAUCAACACAAACAAAUAGGUUGACCUUUUCCUCUCCUGAAAACCACUGUCUUCAUUUUCUGCAACAUUGCACAUACACAGAAACAAAUCUCAGUAUUCACACCCUUUGUAGGAUUUGUUUACAGCCCCCAGAUUUUUGGGGAAAAUGUUUGUCUAGUCAUGUGAUGAGGUGAGGCAAGAAUUAAAGGGUGGUAAUCCUGUCAUUAUUUCUGUCUGUGAGCUUUGGGACAAAUUCUUUUCUGUAAAUUAGUUUGAGGUGACGUCUAUUUAUACUGCAUGACAAACUAGGGGACAUAAAGGAUGUGAACAUGUGUUUUCAAGGAUCAGCAACUUUACCACAUUAUUGCUGCCCCCCCUCUUGCUGCCUCCUUAUAGAGUAUCCCUCUAUAUAUGAAUAUACACAAAUUACAAUACAAAAUGUGUAUAUCUACAGUAUUUAUACGGUAUCAUAACCUUAUAUCAGUACGUCUGUUUUGUUGCACUUAAAAGAAUAAUCCAACAGACUUGCAGAGAUGAAGCCAUUUUGCAUGUGUGUAUUGUCUUCAGUGUGCUAAGAGGGCUGGACGUCCCCGUGUCCCACCCCUCUGCUAAGUGUGAAAUAAGGUUGAGUUAAAGCACUGACCACCAGGAGGGAACACACUGUAAUCUACUAAACCUCAUGCACAGCAAGCGUGUGUCUCACACACAGCACACAGAAAGAGAGGCAUUUCCAACGGUAGAGGUCAAAACCUUUAAGAGUGUGUGUCCUUGUGUAUGUGUGUGUGUGUGUGUUUGUGUCCCAUUUCAUACUGUAGGUCGGGAAGUUGCAUGCAAUGUGCAAUAUUCAUUAAGUGGCGUACAUUAUGAAUGCUUGAGUCCGUUCUUCAGAUCAGGAGACUUCUAGUUAAUGAUUAUUGUUCGGAACCGUUUGAUUUUCACGCUGGUUGUUCGAUCUGAGAUGACCUCGAAAAACAGAUGUGAUUCUCACUUGGGAUGCCAAAUUAAUGAUGACAGGAAACAGCAACAUUAGUCACGUUUGAGAUGUCACCUUGGGAUGACAAGAACAUGCUGGUGGCUUAACAAACCUUUACCAUCCAGGUUCCCUAACAACCAUGUGAAUAUCAAAUGAAGUCAGCAAAAACGAUCCUCCUGCUGUGCAGUGACGUUACACACUCACAUUUUGUUCCUAAAGUUAAACCAACAGACAUUUUCUUGUUUCUCGAUUUGUAAGUAAGUGAAACAUAAAUAUUUAGAGGGUUUUUUUGUGUGUAUUGCAUCUAUUUCAUGUAUCAGAAAUAGAUGCCUUUGUCAUAUUUUGUAUUGAUUUGCACUGGACGUGUGUUUUUUUUCUUUUUUUGUGAGGCAGAGUUUAAUUAACUAUUGUACAUUUUUGGAGGAAAAGGAUGUACACAGUUUGUUUCAUCCACACCUGUAAUCAUCCUCUAAAAUAUUCAUCCAGGGUAUCAAAAUGUAUAGUUUACAUAUUCUUUAGAGUCUUGAAUAUGAGAGUUUUUAGUUCAUUAGAGUUUUGUUUUUUUAGGCCUGUAGGAAAUGAAUAAAACUUGCUUCCUCGACCACAUAGACAAAGAAGAUAUUUUGUCAUUAGAUUUGUUUUUUUUUUGGUUGUUGUUGUAGUAUUCUACACUGAAUCAGUCUGAAGGCAAAGUCAUCACAAUAACUAGAGAACCAGUUUGAACAGCCAACCGUUUGAGAAAAAGCAAAAUCAUAGUUUAGGACUGAAUUUGGUGCUGGAGCUGUUUCCUUAACGUGCAUUCAUUGUGCUGAAAUUGUAAGAAACACCUGCAAAUAUUAGCUAAUCUGUGGAGUCUUUUCAACUCAGGCAUAUUAUUUUGGCACAGCUUCAAAACUGUACCAGUGCGACUGUGGUCCUGCCUUGUCAUCACGGCAAAUGUGGAACACAAGCAUCUGUUCACUCACAUCAAGGUCUGGCUCGAUUCCACCGCUCAGUUUCUCUCAGAGCAAUGUGUUUCUCAGUAUGCUCACAAAUAUCUCACACCGGUCUAAAUAGGAUGUCUGAGGCAGUUAGACCUUAUGUGAAUAUCUGAUUUAUAUCCAAGGGGUUAAUUCAUAGUGAAGGAUUUGCUCCAACAACUUCAAUCUACUGACCAGUUCACAUGCAUUUCACCUCUGGUAUUCCUGCAACAGUCACUUAAUUUCACUGUAAUCUCUUAAUCUGGGGCUAAUCCAGAGCAGGCACGCUGAACUUCUUUACCCUACUUUGUUGCUCCUCCUCCUCCUUCUUGUGUCAAACGCCUGAUUCACUUUCAAUGUGCUAAAAAUGGAUUAAGCAACGCUCAUUCAUUUCUCUUUUUUUUUCUCCACAUUCAAACCUAUUUCUCAUUAUUAAAUCGGUUGAAGCCCUUUUAAAUUGCAACAGAGCUAAAUAAAAUGUGUCCCCUCAUCACAUACUUAGACAUUUCUCCCAUCUUACUCAUGUGCAUGUGAAGAUUAGUUCUUCAACCAAAGAUCUUCAUGACAGUUUAAAUAUUCAUUUUUAUUUGUGCCGCAUUGACACAUCCUCAGGAGCAGAUCUCAGUAAGGAUCUCAUGCUGAACACCCUGUGUUAUUAAGAGGCCUACUCUUAUGUAAUAGUAAUACGCACAAAGGGAACAUGUUUCACUACCAUGUAACAGUGCCUCCUGGUGGACAGACAGUGUUGCUCCCCCAGUGUCAGAAUGUUUUUUUCCUCUUAUCUCCAUUUAUCAGUAUUUUUGUUUGUUUGUUUUUGUUUUCUUGUCCUGUGAUAAUUUGGAGAUGUCCUCAAAAAGCAAUAUAUUUAUUUCUGUGGC